GUCCGCCAUUUUGUAGCAGUUUUGCGCUGUAGGAGAGUCGCGUUGUAGUUGUUGUGCUUCAGCGCCGCUGAUUAUCUUCACUCGAAGCCGACACAGUCGCUCUGUUCUCCCGCAGUGGUGGUGGUGUUGUUGUUGGGGGGGUUGUUCGCGCAGGGUAAAGCUGUAGCUCGUUUUGUUUUGUGAAAGUCUGGUUUGCGGAUCAGUAAUAUUUUGAGGAGAAGUACAAUAUGCCAAGCCAUCCGCUUCGCGUAGCGGUGGUGUGCUCGAGUAACCAGAACCGCAGCAUGGAAGCACACAACAUCCUCAGUAAGCGCGGUUUCGAUGUUCGAUCUUUUGGCACCGGAAGCCACGUGAAACUCCCCGGACCUGCUCCAGACAAGCCUAAUGUGUACGACUUCAAAACCACUUACGAACAGAUGUACAGCGAUCUGGUCCGAAAGGACAAGGACCUAUACACACAGAACGGCAUCCUGCACAUGCUGGAGCGAAACAAGCGCAUCAAGACCAGGCCUGAACGCUUCCAGAACUGUAAGGACCAGUUUGAUCUGGUGAUCACCUGUGAGGAGAGGGUGUACGACCAGGUGCUGGAGGACCUAAACUCACGUGAACAGGAGACGUUCCAGCCAGUUCACGUUAUCAACGUGGACAUUCAGGACAACCACGAGGAGGCCACACUCGGCGCGUUUCUUAUCUGCGAGCUGUGUCAGUGUAUUCAGCACACUGAUGAUAUGGAGAAUGAAAUUGAUGAGCUGCUACAGGAGUUUGAGGACAAAAGCAGCCGUCCGUUCCUCCACACAGUCUGCUUCUACUGACAACGUGCACCCCCCCCCCUCCACCCCCAAUCAGCCACCCACCCACCGUUCUAAGGCCCAGCUGGACUGGUCACGCUGACAUCAUCACACUGACAUCAUCACACUGACAUCAUCACACUGACAUCAUCACGCUGACAUCAUUCUGAUCUCAGAGCUGCAGCAUGCACCACCUGUAUUACCACAUCUCUCCCAAUCCACACACACACACACACACACACACACACACACACACACACACACACACACACACACACACACACACACACAAUCACUUUCAUUGAUUUCUGAUAAUAGAGCAUAUGUUCCUAUUUACACACACACACACACACUCUACAGGUAUUCAUUUCUCAUUUUAUUUCUCUGAAUGAUUUUUUUAUGCUGAGUAAUAACUAUAAUAUUCAGGUUGUGUAGUUUGAAGAUGAUCUGCUGUGUGUGUGUGUGUGUGUGUGUGUGAGCAUUGAUGUUUUUACUUGAAUACAGAUGAUGAAGAUGAUGAUGAUGAUGCAGAAAUUGAGUUUCAGAUGUUCUUUCUUUGUGUUUAUAAUAAGUUAAGCGUUAUGGAGAUGCUUCAGGAUGUUAUUGAGUUUCAUUUGUUUUUCUUUUGUGACUGUAAGCCUGUGUGAUUGUGAGUCCAGAGUGCCUGAACAUUUGUGUAAAUAGUAGAGUUCAAAGAAAAACCCUGUAAUAAACCUUCCAGUGAAAUGCA